CGGGAAUGACAGUUAACUGCAGGAGGUAUGGUUUCGUCUUCAGCAAAACGAGAAUGUUAGUAAUACCCAAGUCAUCCAGCUCUGCGCUGUAUAUAUAAUGGAUCAAUUUCAUUUGAGGAUGUGACUGUGAACUCCACCUGCUCAGAGGAUCUUGUGCAGGGACAUAAUGCUAGAAAACUACAGCAUCCACAUUUCACUGGUAUAGGUUAGAGUUACUUGUGAAUUGGUAAAAGGCCACUAUGGACGCUAAGGACCAGAAGAAACACAGAAAGAAAAACAGUGGGCCCAAAGCUGAAAAGAAGAAGAAACGGCAUCUGCAAGAUCUCCAGCUUGGUGAUGAGGAAGAUGCCCGGAAGAGAAACCCCAAAGCAUUUGCAGUCCAGUCUGCUGUGCGGAUGGCGAGAUCCUUUCACAGGACUCAGGAUUUGAAGACAAAAAAGCAUCACAUUCCAGUGGUUGAUCGAACUCCACUAGAGCCCCCACCAAUAGUGGUGGUUGUGAUGGGGCCUCCAAAAGUUGGAAAGAGCACUUUGAUUCAGUGCCUCAUUCGGAACUUUACCAGACAGAAGCUGACAGAGAUCAGAGGCCCUGUAACAAUCGUGUCAGGUAAAAAGCGCAGACUCACCAUUAUUGAAUGUGACUGUGACAUUAACAUGAUGAUUGACUUGGCUAAAGUAGCAGAUUUGGUUUUGAUGCUUAUAGAUGCCAGCUUUGGGUUUGAAAUGGAAACAUUUGAAUUUCUAAACAUCUGCCAAGUACAUGGCUUUCCUAAAAUCAUGGGCGUUCUCACUCACCUGGAUUCCUUCAAGCAUAAUAAGCAAUUGAAGAAAACGAAGAAGCGACUAAAACAUAGGUUCUGGACAGAGGUCUACCCGGGUGCCAAGCUAUUUUACCUUUCUGGAAUGGUACACGGAGAAUACCAAAACCAAGAAAUUCACAAUCUGGGCCGUUUUAUUACAGUUAUGAAGUUUAGGCCUCUUACGUGGCAAACUUCUCACCCUUAUAUCCUGGCAGACAGGAUGGAAGAUUUGACAAACCCAGAAGACAUUCGAACAAAUACCAAGUGUGACCGGAAGGUUUCUCUUUAUGGUUAUUUAAGGGGAGCACACUUGAAAAACAAAAGCCAAGUUCACAUACCAGGUGUAGGAGAUUUUGCUGUGAGUGAUGUCAGUUUCCUCCCAGACCCUUGUGCACUGCCUGAACAACAAAAGAAGCGCUGUUUAAAUGAGAAGGAGAAGUUGGUGUAUGCACCUCUCUCUGGAGUUGGUGGUGUGCUGUAUGACAAAGAUGCUGUCUAUGUGGACCUUGGGGGCAGCCAUGGCUUCCAGGAAUCGGAAGAGGUGAGGCCCACUCAUGAACUGGUUCAGAGUCUCAUUUCCACCCAUGCCACUAUUGACGCCAAGAUGGCUUCAAGUAGAGUGACACUGUUNAAACGGCAAAAACUUGAGAUGGAAGAAGACUUUGAGGUGGAUUUGCCAGCGUUUGCAGACAGUGAUGAUGACCUUGAAAGGAGCUCAGUGGAAGAAGAAGCAGAGGAAGCUGAUGAAAGCAGUGAAGAAGAGGAUUCCACUGCAGAGGAAGAGAGGGAUAUUUUAGAAUCUAAGGCUAUUAGAGAAGGUGGUAAGCCAGAACUGUUACAUACUGAUGAGUCAAGUGAUAGUUUGAAUGUGGAGAAGUCUUUGACAAGGAAAAAAGCAACUUUCACCACUUCAGAUUCAGGUCAUUGCACAGCUGAAGAGGCUUUUGCAUCUGAAGAUGAACCUGAAGAAAAUUCCUCUCUCAGUACAGAGGAGGAGGAUUCAGAAAAUGAAGAGGCUAUUAGGAAAAAGUUUCCAAAGCCUUCUCAAGUGGUCAGUUGUCAGAAACUGGGGUCAGAGAACUUAAUUGAUGAGACCAGUGAUGUAGAAGACUUACUCAAAGAAGAAGAUUAUAAGGAAGAAAAUAACUAUUCCACAGACACUUCAGGUGCCCUCAAGUGGAAGGAAGACCUUUCCAGGAAGGCAGCUGAGGCCUUUCUGAGGCAACAGCAAACAACUCCAAACCUUCGAAAGCUUAUUUAUGGGACAGUGACAGAGGAUAAUGAAGAGGAAGAUGGUGAUAAUGGGGAAGAGCUUGGAGGAUUGUUUCGUGUCAGCCAGCCUGCCAGCGAGUGUAAACACAAGGCUGACUCUUUGGACUGCUCCAGAUUUCAUGUAGAGGCGCCCCAUGAUUGGGAUUUAGAGGAGGUUAUGAACAGUAUCAGAGAUUGCUUCGUGACUGGGAAGUGGGAAGAGGAUAAAGAUGCAGCCAAGCUCUUAGCAGAAGAUGAGGAGCUCUAUGGUGACUUUGAAGACCUGGAAACAGGGGACAUGCACAAGGGAAAACCAGGCCCAGAUACUCAGAUUGAAGAUGUGGAGGAAGAAGUUAAAGAAGAAAUUGACCCCAGUGCAGAGGAAAGUGCCAAGGAAAAGCUUUUAGAUAAAAAGAGAAAAUUGAAAGAGAUGUUUGAUGCAGAAUAUGAUGAAGGAGAAAGCACCUACUUUGAUGACCUUAAAGGAGAAAUGCAGAAACAAGCACAGCUUAACCGGGCAGAAUUUGAAGAUCAAGAUGAUGAAGCCAGAGUUCAGUAUGAGGGUUUUCGACCUGGGAUGUAUGUCCGAAUUGAGAUAGAAAAUGUCCCCUGUGAAUUCGUGGUUAACUUUGAUCCGCAUUACCCAAUUAUUUUGGGUGGUCUGGGCAAUAGUGAGGGCAAUGUUGGAUAUGUACAGAUGCGUCUGAAGAAACAUCGUUGGUAUAAGAAAAUCCUCAAGUCCCGAGAUCCAAUCAUUUUUUCUGUAGGGUGGAGGAGGUUUCAGACCAUCCCACUUUAUUAUAUUGAAGACCACAAUGGAAGACAGAGGCUUCUAAAAUAUACCCCACAGCAUAUGCAUUGUGGAGCAACCUUUUGGGGUCCUAUCACUCCACAGGGUACUGGGUUCUUGGCAAUACAGUCUGUCAGUGGCAAUAUGCCUGACUUCCGGAUAGCUGCCACAGGAGUUGUCCUUGACCUGGAUAAAUCUAUAAAAAUUGUAAAGAAAUUAAAACUAACUGGUUUUCCAUAUAAAAUUUUCAAGAACACUUCAUUCAUUAAGGGAAUGUUUAAUUCUGCCUUGGAAGUGGCCAAAUUUGAAGGUGCUGUGAUUCGAACAGUCAGUGGAAUAAGGGGACAGAUCAAGAAGGCACUCCGGGCUCCAGAAGGUGCUUUCCGGGCCACCUUUGAGGAUAAAUUGCUGAUGAGUGAUAUUGUCUUCAUGCGAACUUGGUAUCCUGUCUCCGUUCCAGCCUUCUAUAACCCAGUAACAUCUUUGCUAAAACCAGUUGGUGAGAAAGACACCUGGUCAGAAAUGAGGACAACUGGUCAACUCCGGCUUGCCCAUGGCAUCAAACUAAAAGCCAAUAAGGAUUCUCUCUAUAAGCCAAUUGUGAGGCAAAAGAAACAUUUUAAUUCACUGCACAUUCCAAAAGCCUUGCAGAAGGCCCUGCCAUUUAAGAGCAAGCCCAAGACCCAGGCAAAGGCAGGCAAGACUCCGAAGGACAGAGUGAGACCAGCCGUCAUACGGGAGCCUCAGGAAAGGAAGAUCCUUGCACUGCUGGAUGCUCUGAGUACAGUGCACAGUGAGAAGAUGAAGAAAGCCAAGGAGCAGCGGCAUCUCCACAACAAAGAACACUUCAAAAUGAAGCAGAAGGAGGAAGAAGAGAAACUGAAGCGACAGAAGGACCUCAGGAAGAAGUUCUACCGGAUUCAGGGUCAGAAAGAAAGAAGAAAUCAGAAGUCCAGCUUGAAGGGGCCUGAGGAGCAGUUGAAGUGAGCUGCAGACAGACAGACUGUCAUUUGAAUCUACAGUGAUGAGUGUUUUCACAUUGCAAAUGACAAGUCAGGGGACUGGACAAGCCUCUUUGGUGCAUUACACAGACUGUGCCUUUGAGAGGAGAAAUGAGACUGCUCAUAGGACACCUGUUCAUUCUCAACAUCUAGGUUAUGGCAAAAUAAAGCUACAUAAUUUAUGGUUUUCUAGAUCUCCUCACAUUCCUCUUAACCUGUCUCAGUUUUAUUUUGUGCUAUGAAAGUAUUAAAAUAUUUUCUUGUUAA